AUGGACGUGACGGGUGUGCUGCAGCGGCUCAUUGUACGUCCUUCUCGGACGAUUGGGUGGCUUGUAGGAGUGUGGGCAGGCGCUUGGUGCACCUACUAUGCGUUGCAAGAAAUCAAACGAGGACUCGUGCUUUCAUCAAGACGGAAAAAGUAUCCACUGAAGCAACGCAAAGGAGAAAGGCUGGUGUCGGAUAAGGAUUGGUACGGGGAAGCUGAUGAGGCGGAGCGUCAGAACAUAGUGGCACGCUUCGGCGUGAUGCGCUUUGCUGGGCGGUACUUGAAUGUGACGGCUGAGUGGCGCGAGCAAGGCGCUUGGGAAUGGAUUUGGUGGAAAGUUGUGCACUCUAUGAUAUGGAACCGUGGCUUUGGAUUUGACGGGGGCUUUACGCAUGAUCUCAAGAGUCCUGGAGGCCUUGCGCGCAUAGAAUCUAUUCUCCCGGUCGAGCCACUCGACAUUGGGAGAUUGUGGGGCCAAGAUACCAAUGAGCCAGCGGCUCCCCGCACAGGUGUAUCUUAUACAUGGCUUGGCACAAAGCACAUGCCUUAUCCAGUGACACGGUCUCACAAUCUUGACCGAUCCUGUCUUUGGAGAUCAGCCUGUGGCCAGUGUGUUGAGUCCAUGGCGUAUGCGGCCUAUGCCAUGCAAGCUGCGCGACUUGAAAAUGGCGUGUCAUGUGAGCGAGUGCACGAGCUGAGCUGGUGGGACGAAUGGCGACAGCCGUGCCAUGUGCGUGUACGUGGAGAAGCAGGGGCGACUAGUGAAGCGUCGACCGUUGAGAAGCGCGAGCUUGAGGUAGCAGCUGUGCCUGCGAGUCACUGGAGCGCACGCACGUUGUUGGACACGAAUCGGAGUCUAUGGAAUUCGUAUGCUGUACGGUGUGCAGCGCAAGACAAGCAAGCAGCUACACUCUUUUUCUGUGGCGAUUCUGGCUACAGCCCAUUGCUGUUUUCGUCGAUUGGUCGAAUGUAUGGACCGUUUGACGUCGCAUCCAUCCCGAUUGGCUCUUACGAGCCUAGGUGGCACCUGAGUUUGCAGCAUAUGGACCCGCACGGUGCUGUGUGUGUGGCGCGAGAUGUGGGCGCACGACAAAGUUUUGGAAUGCAUUGGGGCACUUGGUGUAUGAGUGAUGAGCGAUGGGAUGCGCCACCGCGUGAUUUGCCCGCAAGCGCUUGUUGA